UUGUUUUUAUGUUGAACAGAGAGCUUUGAUUGGCUUAAAAGUUAUUGUUUUACGAAGUUAGAGAAUUCAGGAGAGAAAUUAUGAACUUCAAGAACUAUGGAAACCAGCCACCGGCGGCGGAGGUUGGUGGUGGCGGGAGUGGAAGACCGCCGGGUAACUUCAAUUUAGCAAGACAAGGGUCGAUAUAUUCAUUGACUUUUGAUGAGCUACAAACCACCAUGGGUAGUAUUGGAAAAGAUUUUGGGUCUAUGAACAUGGAUGAAUUACUAAAAAGCAUUUGGAAUGCUGAAGAAGUUCAAACAACCGUAAACACCACCACCAACGGCGGCCAAGAUGGCGGCGGUGGUGGUGGUGGUGGUGGUGAUGGUGGAGCAAAUAUACAGCGGCAAGGAUCGUUAACUUUACCACGAACAAUAAGCCAAAAGACAGUAGAUGAAGUGUGGAAAGAUAUAUCGAAAGAAUUCAGCAACGGUUUUGGACAACCGCACUUGCCACAAAGACAACAGACUUUAGGGGAGAUGACUCUUGAAGAGUUUCUGGUGAAAGCCGGAGUUGUGAGGGAAGAACCCCAAUUAGAUUCUAAGUCGAAUGAUAACGAUUUGUUUUCAAGUUUAACGAAUUCCCAAAACAAUUCGAGUUUUGGUGCUAUCGGAUUUCAACCGGCUGCAAGUAGGAAUGUGAACCGAAUCCCGGAAAAUAGUAGUAACCAGAUUGCAUUCCAAUCUACUAAUCUACCAUUAAGUGUGAAUGGGGUCCGAUCUACUCAGCAACACCCGCAACAAAAUCAUCAGCAGCAACUGUUUCAGAAGCAACCGAAUCUGUCAUAUGGAGCUCCGAUGGCUAGCAAGCAGAUGGGUAGUCCUGUAAUUAGGAAUGGAAUCAUGGGUCUUUCAGAUUCAUCGAUGAAUGGUAAUUUAGUUUCGAGUGGUAUGUUACAAGGUGGGAUGGGUGGGAUGGUUGGUUUAGGGGCAACGGGUGGAGUCACGGUUGCUGUUGGAUCUCCGGUGUUUUCGUCAGAUGGGAUUGGGAAAACGAAUGGAGAUACAUCUUCGGUUUCACCUGCUCCUUACGAGUUUAGUGGAGUUGUUAGGGGAAGGAAAAGUGGAACGGUUGAGAAAGUUGUUGAACGGAGGCAGAGGCGGAUGAUCAAGAACCGAGAGUCGGCUGCUAGAUCACGGGCUCGUAAGCAGGCCUACACCAUGGAACUGGAAGCAGAAGUGUCAAAACUGAAAGAACAGAAUCAAGAACUCAAAAGAAAGGCGGAAAUGAUGGAGAUGCAGCAGAAUCAGCAGGUUAUGGAGAUGAUGAACACGCAGCCAGGAGCCAAACGACGCUGUCUGAGAAGGACACAGUCUGGACCGUGGUGAAGAACCUGAUUAAAAGAAGCCGAUCCGUUCGCCACUUGGCGUUCACGAGGGUUGUUUCUGUACAUAUUUCAUAGACACGUGUUUAGGGUUUAGGGUUAAAGGGAUGGAAGUCAUAUAUUUGUGUUAAAGAGAUGAAUGUCAAGUCUUUUUCAAACUCCAUUGUUGUCACAUGAAGCAGAAGUAGAGGAAAUACAAGUUUAGUUAUAUUUUUAGUCGAAAUCUGGUUCCGUUUUGUGAUUGUAUUUGGGUUCUUUUUUUGAAACUAUGAUUAUGAAGGUGCGAAAAAAUGGUAUGA